AGGAGAGCGGGAUAUGUCUGCUAACUAGAGAUAACAUAGAAGAUUUUAAAAAGGGGACCAAAUCCACAAACAAAAUAUUGAAAUUAAUUUCUUAAUGGGAAAUAUAAAUGGCAACAUUUCAACAAUGUGAGUAAUGCCCAUUUGUGUGACAAUUAAUCAUAUAUUCCCCUUUUCUAGUAGUCACUUCCACCACAUGACACCAAGGAACAUAACAGCAGUUUCAGAAUUUCUUCUUCUGGGAUUUUCAGAGGAGCCAGAACUGCAGCCCCUCAUGUUUGGGCUUUUCCUCUCCAUGUACCUGAUCACAGUGUUUGGAAACCUGCUCAUCAUCCUGGCCGUCAUCUCAGACUCCCACCUCCACACCCCCAUGUACUUCUUCCUCUCCAACCUGUCCUUUGUAGACAUCUGUUUCACCUCCACCACCAUCCCAAAGAUGCUGUGGAACAUCCAGACCCAGAGCAAAGUCAUCACCUAUGAAGGCUGCAUCAUCCAGAUGCAUUUUUUUACACUCUUUAUAGGAUUAGACAUCUUCCUCCUGACCGUGAUGGCCUAUGACCGGUUUGUGGCCAUCUGUCACCCCCUGCACUACAUGGUCAUCAUGAACCCCCGGCUCUGUGGACUGCUGGUGCUAGCAUCCUGGCUCUCCGUUGUCUCCUUAUUUUAUUGUACAGGCUUAGGAGUGUACCUUAGCUCUGCUGCUCCCCACAGCUCACACUCGAGUGCAACAGCCUCGGUGAUGUACACAGUGGUCACCCCCAUGCUGAACCCCUUCAUUUACAGUCUGAGAAAUAAAGACUUAAAGAGGGGUCUAAAAAUACUCUUUCAAAAGGAAACUAUAAAUAAGCCUAUUAUCCUAAGGUUUAAGAAGUAUACGUGA